AUGAGCGAUAAGGAAGAAAUAUCAACCAAGGCGACGCCUCAAGCUUCACGACCGGGGUCGAGGGCGAUGUCACCGACGCCUUCAGCAGCCACGCUGGCAGUGCCAACGGCACUUCCUUCUGAGGCGCCUCCUCCGACGGUGGAAAAGCCCAUAACGCGCUCAUCAUCCCCUUCUGGCUUGCCGAUCGAACUCGAAUGCAAAUCUCGCACUCAGCUAGGCAGGGUGGAGACCCUGAAAACGAUGAUCGACCAUCUUCCGGAGACGGUCAUGGAGACUUCCCUCGACGAGGUGAAGGCCUACAUGGAGCAAGUCGACGAGGUGCACAAAGCGUUUCAAAAGGAACACUCGUACUUAGAGGUAACGUGGCCCAAGGGCCACUUCACACAUGAUUAUUUCGUCGACAAGUGGUACGAGCACGAAAUGUGCGCCGUGUUCGAGCUGCGACGCAGGUUGAACAAACUGAAGGCUGCUCUGAACAAGGAGGCCACAAUGGCCGCCACCACCAGCAGCAACGCUACUGCCACUCGUCGUCCGACGAAACUGCCGGAACUUACGCUGCCGACAUUUCCCGGCCAUUACGAGGCGUGGCCUGCAUUUAGCGAUUUGUUCGAAUCCAUUAUUAUCAAUAAUGCAGAGAUUUCGCAAGUGGAAAAACUCCACUACCUGCGCUCGUGCCUCCGAGGUGAUACUAUCAAAGUUAUUUUUCAAUUGCCUUCCAAAGGAGACUCCUUCCCGAUAGCUUGGGCCAAAAUGAAGCACCGCUUCGAAAACAAACGAGUAAUUAUUCAAUCGCUGCUCGAUAAAAUAUUUACAGCUCCGCCAAUGCACGAACGGACAGCGGUGGCACUCCACAACGUGGCUUCAAGUCUGAGGGAUCUCAACGACUCCCUCAGGGCACUGGCAACGUCAGAGGAGUUGUGGAAUUGCGCGUUAGUACACCGUGCAUCGCGCAAUUUAGACAAAGCGACACAAGAAGCCUGGGAAACUUCCCGUGGCACUUCUGCUGAAUUUCCGAAGCCCGAGCAGCUAGAACGAUAA